AUGAGUUCCUCUUACGCAAAUCAUAAUAACGCACAAAACAAUUUUUCAAGAUCGAUAAAAUAUUAUUUUCGUAGAUAUUUGGGUUCAAAAUAUUCUAAUAUAGACCCACAACCUAAACCGUCGCAUUUCAUCAUCGUCAUAUGGUCAUUCAUCACUUCAUUUAUUGGCAUUGGAACUUUAGGUUUAUUCACUUGGAAUAUUGAAUUCUUUCGAGAAAGAGAAAUACCUGUUAGUAUUGGUAGUAUGGGAGCGACCGCUAUAAUGAUUUAUGGUACUUGCGAUUCACCAUUUGCUCAACCAAGGAAUCUAUAUUUAGGACAUAUAACGUCGUCAUUAAUUGGAAUCACGGUGAAUAUAAUAAUGAAAGAAAUCACAUCCUUCACUACAAAUCCCAUCAGUUACAAAUGGUUAACAUGCGCGUUAGCAGUUUCUCUAUCAAUGUUAGCCAUGCAGUUGACUAAUACAAUUCAUCCACCGGCUGGCGCAACAGCACUAAUGAUAGCAUUAGACGAUCCAAAAAUCACCUCUCUCGGUUAUUUAUUUGCGAUUGUUCCGAUAUUACUUGGCGUGACGUUAAUGUUUUUAAUAUCGUUAAUAUUAAUCAAUAUUCAAAAUAAAUAUCCAAUUUAUUGGUGGAAACAAAAAAUUAUCGAUGAUCAACGUUCCGUCUUUCCGGAUCUUUCACAAAAUGAUGACCUUGAAGUUGGGCAGCAUUUCAGGGAAGUGACUUUUCCAACCCCUGUUUUAUCAUUUAACGUUCGGAAAGAAAAUCGUGAAAAUUUUCAUAAUAAUAAUACAAGUCGAUCGAAUUCUUUUUCUGAAAAUACUUUAGCAAAUAAAUCAUCUGAUUCAUCAUCUUGCUCUGUUGCACAGUCGCGACAAAAUAAAUUGAGCUUAAGUGAAGCAAAUGAAUAUAUUUCCAAGUUGGAAAAUGAAUUAAACGAGCUUCGAAAACGGAUUCAACAACUCGAAUUAUAA